UUCCAACACAAGAAAAACAACUUAAAUUAAGGUUGCUUCUCAUCAUUCUCCAACUUUCUUCUUCUUCUUCUUCUUCUUCUUCUUCUUCUUCUUCUUCCUGCUAAUAUUUGAUUGAAUUAAAAGCUGGGUGUUUCGAAAUUAAGCUGCUCACCUCAAUCAUGUUUUGGUGCUUCGAACAACCACGAGUGUUUGAUGCCAUGUCGAUUGUGGAGCUUCUUGUUCAUAUGGAUUGCGAAGGAUGCGAAAAGAGGAUAAGAAGAGCGAUUUCUAAAUUGGAUGGGAUUGAUAGCUUGGAUAUAGACAUGGAUAAGCAGAAGGUGACGGUGACAGGAUACGUAGACCAGAGAGAUGUUCUUAAGGCAGUUAGACGCACCGGAAGAAAGGCAGAGUUUUGGCCAUAUCCAUAUGAUGCAGAGUACUAUCCAUUUGCAUCGCAAUAUUUGGACGAGUCAACAUUCCAAACCACAUAUAACUAUUAUCAGCAUGGUCACAAUGAAAGCAUGCAUGGCUACUACCCUGAGCUUCCAUACUCCACAAUCAUCGAUGAUCAUACAGCUACCUUGUUCAGUGAUGACAAUGUUCACGCUUGCACAAUCAUGUGAUCGGUGGAACACAUUGCAUGUUUAGAUCUAGGCCUAAUUAUUUGUUUGCACUAAUGCAAUUGCAUUUGCCUUGUUUGCAUGCGGCUUGGAUGCAUCAAGCAAAGUGAAAGCUAAAGUUAAUUACGUUGGACCAAAAUUUGCUUUCUUCACUAGUAUUGCACUCUCAUGCAUUUGUUCUAGUACUGUAAAUGAAAUUGCAGUGGAUUUCAUCAACACAAGAUGACCGUAAUAAGUUGACGAGAUGGCUGGGUUCCAAAAUUGCUUUUUUUAAUUAUA